CUUUAACACGCAAGAAGUAUGAUUAACCAGAACUCUUCCUUCAUGCUCGCGCUAUAAAUAUCGCGCUCGUCCAACUCCCUCCCAAGCUCAAUCCUUUAAGUUUCAGCAACCUUCAGGUUAAGGUUGGAGCAGAAGAAUGAGGUUGGUGGUGGUGGGAUUGUGGUGCUUGAUCUUGGGGUUGAUCUUGAAUCCAACCCAGUUUUGCGAUGCCGGAGUGACCAGUAGCUAUGUGAGGAAGAGUCUAUCGGCUUUCCCCAAUGCUCAGGAUGUUGAUAUGCCAUGGGAUAGCGAUGUCUUUGCAAUCCCCUCUGGUUACAAUGCCGCCCAACAGGUUCAUAUUACUCAAGGAGAUUAUGAAGGGAGGGGUGUGAUAAUCUCUUGGACCACACCUUAUGAUAAAACUGGGGCGAAUACAGUGUAUUAUUGGACUGAGAAUACCAAAGCUCAACAGAAGCGCGCUAUGGGCAAGGUUGUGAGAUACAAGUACUACAACUACACCUCGGCUUUUAUUCAUCAUUGCACCAUCAAGGAUUUGGAGUAUGAUACGAAAUACUAUUACAGAGUAGGAUUUGGGGACGCGAAACGCCAGUUCUGGUUUGUUACUCCUCCCAAACCUGGACCUGAUGUGCCAUAUACAUUUGGUCUGAUAGGGGAUAUUGGUCAGACUCAUGAUUCCAACACCACAUUGACACAUUAUGAGCAGAACCCGGCAAAAGGACAGGCAGUGUUGUUCGUUGGAGACCUCUCGUAUGCAGAUAGGUGGCCGAAUCAUGACAACAACCGGUGGGAUACGUGGGGAAGGUUUUCAGAGCGAAGCGCUGCGUAUCAGCCUUGGAUUUGGACUGCAGGAAAUCACGAGAUUGAUUAUGCUCCUGAAAUUGGUGAGUACCAACCAUUCAUACCUUUUACAAAACGGUAUCCUACACCACACGAAGCAUCGGGGAGCGGUGAUCCACUUUGGUACUCCAUAAAACGAGCUUCUGCACAUAUCAUUGUCCUGUCUUCUUACUCGGGCUUCGCUAAAUACUCUCCACAGUAUAAAUGGUUUACGAGUGAACUACAAAAAGUUAACAGGAGCGAGACGCCUUGGCUCAUUGUGCUGGUGCACGCUCCAUUAUACAAUAGCUAUGAAGCUCACUACUUGGAAGGGGAAGGCAUGCGUGCGAUAUUUGAGCCCUAUUUCGUCUAUUACAAAGUGGAUGUCGUGUUUUCUGGACAUGUUCACUCCUACGAACGAUCUGAACGCGUAUCGAAUGUUGCAUACAACAUUGUGAAUGCAAAGUGCACGCCUGUGAGGGAUGAAUCAGCCCCGGUUUACAUUACCAUAGGCGACGGGGGAAAUUCAGAAGGAUUAGCCUCGGAGAUGACACAGCCACAGCCAAGCUACUCUGCGUUUCGCGAGGCGAGCUUUGGGCAUGGCAUAUUCGACAUAAAGAACAGAACCCAUGCCUAUUUCUCGUGGCAUCGCAACCAAGAUGGGGCCUCGGUUGAGGCUGAUUCCGUGUGGCUUCUUAACCGGUACUGGGCGUCCAAGGAUGCAUCAUCUGUGUCUGCAAUGUGAAACCAUUCAUGAACUUUGAUGUUGUUUGUGUUGGUUAAUGUAUGUAUGGUUCUUGUUGGUUGGUUGGUUGUAUUGAUCUUCUUCUGUAGCUCUGUGGAGAAGCUUUGUGUUCCAUUAGAGAAUAAAGGGAUCUUAGCAACUGCUGUAGAAUCUGUAGUUCCUAUUAAUAAACUUGCAAUUAUGUAUUAUUACACAA